CCUCCCUCCCUCUUCACCAAUGGCCAGAUGGACCUCAGACUGCUCUUUAAUCCCCAUUCUCCCUACUAAAACCCUCUCCAAAGUCCUACUCUCAAUCUCAUUCCCUUAUACCACCAUCCACACAAUCACAUCCUCAUCCUCUUUCGGGUAUCGAAAACUAGUCAUCAUCAACUCUUCCUCCAAAUCCUCAUCCCCUAUUCUUGAGGACUCCUAUGAUAGCCUCCAAAUCAUCCAAGGCUCCAAUUUUUCUAUAUCCAACGGGUACAUUCGGGUUUUGUGCAAGGACCCUCGAACUCGAGCCCUCGCCUUCGAUUACUACCAAAAGGCGAAACUCCAGCAAAACUUCCAACCAGAACAAUCAACGGUAAACCUUUUGAUCAGUGGCCUCAUCAAAUCUGAGCAAUGGAACUCGAUCGCUACUUUAUCCAAAGAUUUCGAGGCUUUCAAUGUGUGUCCUGGCAGGUCAACAUGCACCAGACUGAUCCAUUUCUGCGUUCGUGCACGGAAGUUCAGGCUUGUAGAUUCGUUGCUUAAGGUUCUUGAAACCAAGAGGGGGGUCGAUGUCUUGGCCUUCGGCGCUGCGAUGCGAGGCUACAACAAGCUUCACAUGUAUAGAAGUACUGUGUCAGCCUUCGACAGAAUGAGGGCAGCGAACAUUCCACCCAGUUUCAGUUGCUAUUUCUCUACCAUGUACGCUUUCCAAAAGCUUGGAGACCUGGAUAAAGUACUCUCGUUGUUUCUGGAGUUCGAGCCUAAAAUAUCGAAGUCCUCAGCUUUCUCUGCCGAAAUUUACUUCGUGUUGUGUGAUUCAUUGGGGAGGUCAGGGAGAGCCUUCAAAGCUCUCAGAUACUUCAAAGAGAUGAUCGGAAAAGGCAUUUCUCCAAGACCUUCUAUUUAUGCUUCUUUAAUCUGUUCUUUCGCAGGGGCUAAAGAAGCAGAGAUCGCCGAAGAUAUCUUUCAAGAAGCAAAAGAUAUGAGAAUGGUUAGAGACCCAGCAGUGUUUUUAAAGCUAGUUUUGAUGUAUGUAGAAUUGGGACUAAUGGAGAAGACGAUCGGAGUCGUAGAAUCGAUGAAGGAUAUCAAAGUUAAGGCAUCAGAUUGCGUACUAUGCGCAAUUAUUAAUGGCUACGUAUCUAAGGAAGGACCUAGAGCUUCGUUGAGAGCAUACGAGCGAUUGAAAUCUUUGAACUGCGAAUUCGGCCAAGUGACCUACGCUUCGAUCAUCAACGUCUACUGUCGCCUCGGGCUUUCUCAGAAGGCGGAGGCUGUAUUUUCAGAAAUGCUCGCAAAAGGGUUCGAUAGAUGCGUGGUUGCUUACUCCAACAUGAUCUCAAUGUACGGGAAAUUGGGAAAGGCAAGGGACGCGACGAGGCUUUUAGCGAAGAUGAAAGAAAAAAGAUGCGAGCCUAAUGUUUGGGUGUAUAAUUCUCUCAUCGAUAUGCACGGGCGGCUCGCAAACAUAAAGCAAGUAGAAAAGCUAUGGAAGGAGAUGAAGAGGAGGGAAAUAGCACCCGAUAAAAUAAGUUACAGCAGCCUUAUAAGUGCGUAUAACAAGGUUAAGGAUCUUGAGGAGUGCUUGAAGUUCUAUAACGAGUUUAAGCUGAACGGAGGCAGAAUUGACAGGAUUUUGGCUGGAAUUAUGGUGGGUGUUUUCUCAAAGAGUAACAGGGUUGAUGAAUUGGUGGAAAUGCUCAAGGAUUUGAAAACGGAGGGCUUACGUCUGGAUGCGAGGCUGUAUAAGUCUUCGUUGAAUGCUUUGAGAGAUGCAGGGCUUCAGUCGAGAGUAAAGUGGCUCGAAGAGAAUUUUAGGGUAGAGGUAGAGAAGGAUAAAACUUAAUUCACUGCUCGAGUUGCAGAAGAAAGGUCUACUGAAUCAAAUCGCGAAGAUAUCGAGAAGGAGAGUGUUAUUUCAGCUUCAAGAGAUGGCCAUCUUUGCACUUGAAUUCGCGGUGACGAAGACUGAGACACUCGCUACUAAGAAUCUGAGGAGCAUGAGAUCGAACAAAUUGGACUUCCAUAAUUUUUUUUGCCCAAGAAUGCAUCGACAGAGGAAGAGCGCAUACCUGCGAAAAGACGCGAAUCAAGUUGGUGUUUUGCGGAUGCUGUAUCCCUUCAAUCAAGCUGAUGAAUACCAGGAAGUAAGUCUUUGUUUUUGUUACAUCAUUUGAACUUCAUCGGCUUUCGAGGUGAUUUUCAUUCUCCUGCUUCGUUUGAGAACAGUUUCAACAACACAAAUCAGCAUGAAAAUUCAUCGUAUCAUUGCUUCAAUUGAUUGCUGGAAGAGCAAAGUACUUGCUAAUGUGCAUGAAUAUUGUUAUGUUGAGUGUAAUAGGAAAUAACAGAAGCUGGAUUUAAGGAAUAAACAGUGAACUAUGAUGAA